AGAAGGGUGGGCUGGGGAAGCAGAACAGAUAGUCUGAGAGGUCAGACAGCUGUGGGAACUCAAUAGGCAAUGGAGGAGAAGCAGCAGGCUGGGAAGAGACAAUGUAGUGACUGCGGUGUGUCCUUGUCCCACCGAUAUUACGAGAAGGAUGGGAGGUUGUUCUGCAAGAAGCACUACUGGGCACGCUUUGGGGGCAUGUGCCAAGGCUGUUCUGAAAAUAUCACCAAAGGCCUAGUCAUGGUAGCAGGGGAGCACAAGUACCACCCAGAAUGCUUCAUGUGCUCCCGAUGUAAAGCUUACAUUGGGGAUGGAGAGACAUAUGCCCUGGUGGAAAGAUCCAAGCUUUAUUGUGGGCCUUGUUACUAUCAGUUCUCUGUAACUCCAGUGAUUGACUCCCCGGGUUCUCGAUCACCUCAUACAGUCACGCUUGUGUCUCUCCCAGCCUCAGAUGGGAAACGUGGCUUGUCUGUUUCUAUCACGCCAUCAUGCGCAGAGCACUCUCACACUGUGCGAGUCAGUCAGCUUGAUACAGAUUGUUUGAGUCCUGACAUCCAAAGCACAAUCCAUAUUGGAGAUCGAAUCCUUGAGAUUAAUGGUACCCCAAUUCGUAGUGUUCCCUUGGAUGAGAUUGAUGUUCUGAUACAGGAAACAAGCCGCCUUCUGCAGCUGACUAUCGAGCAUGACCCUCACGAGACCCCCACAUUGCCGAGCCCUUGCACCGAGAUUACAGUGAGGCGGCAAAGGCCAAUAAUGCGCAGCUGUAGUAUAGACAGGUCACCUGGAUCCAGCUGCGUGGGAUCACCUUCCUGUUCUCGCAGAGACAUGAGCCGCUCUGAGUCUGUCCGUACUGUCACUGGUGUCCACCGUAUCUUCCGACCCUCAGAUCUUAUGCCAGGAGAGGUGCUGGGAAGGGGAUGCUUUGGUCAAGCUAUAAAGGUUACUCACCGGGUGACUGGGGAAGUGAUGGUAAUGAAGGAGUUAAUUAGGUUUGAUGAAGAAACACAAAGAACCUUCUUAAAAGAGGUGAAGGUGAUGAGGUGCUUGGAGCACCCCAAUGUGCUGAAGUUUAUUGGAGUGCUAUACAAAGACAAAAGGCUAAAUUUUAUCACUGAGUACAUCCCAGGUGGAACCUUGCGCAGAGUUAUAAAGAGCAUGGAUGCACACUACCCAUGGAACCAGAGGGUUAGCUUUGCCAGAGACAUUGCAGCUGGAAUGACAUAUCUUCAUUCUAUGAAUAUUAUCCACCGGGACUUGAACUCUCAUAAUUGUCUUGUGCGUGAGGAUGGAAGUCUGGUGGUGGCAGAUUUUGGCCUGGCACGUUUGGUUACAGAUGAGACUCGUGAUCUACGGAAAGACAGAAGGAAGCGUUACACAGUGGUGGGGAAUCCCUAUUGGAUGGCACCGGAGAUGAUAAAUGGGAGAAGCUACGACGAAUCUGUGGAUGUCUUUUCCUGUGGCAUUGUAAUUUGUGAGAUAAUUGGACGCGUAAAUGCUGACCCUGAUUAUCUCCCUCGCACCAUGGAUUUUGGCCUCAAUGUCCGUGCAUUCUUGGAUAGAUUUUGCCCCCCAAAUUGCCCACCAGGAUUUUUCCCCAGUGCUGUGUUGUGCUGUGACCUGGAUCCUGAAAAGAGGCCAAGGUUCUCACAGUUGCAGCUUUGGCUGGAUUCCCUACUUAGGCACUUAAAUCUUCAGCUGCCCCUCAGUUCACAUCUUGAACAACUGGAACGGAAUUUCUGGGAGAACUACAGGAGGGGUGAUAGCACACUUCACGUGCACCCCGAAAUCCCCGAAUAACCCCACCCAUGGAGGACGGUUUCAUAUAAACACCCCCCAGACUGUGUAUAUGGGGAUCUCAUUGCUUAUCUUGCACGGAGUGGGGAUGUGGCCCCAUGUUCUAACAAAGAGGAUCUGUUGUGUGCAGAGCUGGAAACUGUUUGACUUCUCAGAAGCAUGGAGGGCUUUCCAAAGAUUCUAGAACCCGUCUAGUUCCUCAGGGUGCCUACUGAGUUGUGCUGGUUGAUGUUUUUUUCUGGUGAGCUAGCUUAGAUUAACCAGGAUUGAUUUUUAGGGCACUUAAAGUUUUCAAAGUACCAGAAACAAAUUCUGUAGUUCGUACAGGCGUCAUUACAUCACUUCCCUCCCUGCAUGGCGCCACCUUCUCUUGACAUUUUGUGCAAAGAAGCCUCCUGCACCUUGUGUAAAUAGCUGUAUGUAUAUUUUGGUUGUGGAUAGCGUUUUGUACAUAGCUUCCUUACUGUAGGUACCGUAUAUAUCCUCUCACCUUUCCCAACCUUAUUCGUGUUGCUGUCUGUUCUCUGCAAACCAUUGCUUUAUGUAGGCUCAGGGUUACAUUGGAGUGAAUGGGACCACAAUGCACUGGGGCUGAGAGUAAAGAAAACUGUGAAGAAACCUGUCUUACUAUAUGCACAUUAUACGUGUGGGGUACUUCUUUCACUGCAGUGUUGCUUGGAUAUCAUUCAUAAUUGUUAAUUAGUUUGUUUGAUUGUAAGCUUCCACGCCCAGCAGCACAUGAGGUCACAAUAUAUCAUCAAGAUCUGUUGCUGCUGAAUUAAAUUGUAACGUAGGGAAUUCACCGUGUCUCAGACCCCACUCCCACUCCAUUAAUGUUAUCCCAAGAGGUAAAAGUCAUUUGCAUUUCUUAAAGCGACACUGUCAUCAAAUACUUUCCAUUUAUAAAUAAUUCAAUUUAUUUUUUUACAUAGGCUUAAAUAUUGCAAAAUUUUCAUAAAAUGAUGUACAAAUACUGUGAUUUGGUUUGCUCUGCUUUAAACUUUCCUAUCUUUGCCAGGCCUUCUGUUCAAUGAUAUUAGGCUUCUACAUGCUACAGGAGUGUAGCUGGAAACGUCUUUUAUAUAAAAAAAUCAUUUUUCUGUUUUGUUUUAAAUAUAUCUAGAAAUUCAUUUAUGAAUCAGCACUUUUUUAAAUGAUACACUUCUGUAGUGUUCUUUACUGUUUCAAAAUUAUUUUUUUGUCCAACACUUUUAUUAUUCAGCCAUUAUUACAGUUUACAGGCACAUAUUGAUGACAGUAUCCCUUUAAUGACACUGUCUUACAGAUAUGUAAUAAAGCAGUACACUUGUCCCAAAUUAUCACUGGCAAGUCUGCCACCACCUUUACUCUAGGGCAGUGGUUCUCAGACAGUCGGGAUGCUCCAUUUGAGGGAGCUUGGACAGUGGCAAGGGGGCUCAGUCUAAAUGCCAGUUAGUGUACGAAUUGGGGACAGUGCCAAUUUUCUCUUCCAGAUACCCCUGAAAGCCUCACUAUGUUUGCUGUUGUAUUCUUGUAACUGUGACUGAAUUAAUGAUACAUUGGUAAUUUCCUAUAUCUGUAAUCUUGUUACCGGCUAAAGAAGAAUCCUGAUUACAGGUUUUACCUUCAAAGGGGCUGCUCUAUAGGUGCAAAGCGCCAGAAUUUGUGAAUCCAUCCUAACUAUCUAAAUAACAUCUAUUUAGCAAAUUCCAGUCAUGUUUAAAGACAGUGUAUGUUCUAUGUGUAUCAGAAUUCAUUUAUGUCUUGGGGGGUGAAUGUGUUGAGAUACUGUACCAUGGCCUCCAUAUUGUCUCUCAUUGGCUGAUGGUUGUUAUGGUUAGAGACUCACCUGCUUUAAGGUUCAUAAACAAUUAAUGGGCUAUGGUACAUGAUGCAUUUUGAUUGUCAUUGGCACUUCCUACUUGCUACCAACAAUGGCUGCCAGAAUUGGUGCCAAAAAAAGUGAUGAUCAAAACUGUGCCAUAGCCCUGUGAGAUAAUCUGGUGAGAGUGUAAGUGUGUUAUAGCUUACAGAUGAGUAAGGAUACCCUUUUACCCCUAUCAGUUGUGUAACUGCAAAAAGUGCAUUAUUCCAGUUGAUAAAAGUGUACUUUAUACUUCCUCACUUGCCUGUGACUAUGGGAAAUCUUGAUAUUUGCUAUAAUUUGCAGUGUUUUGCACAUUUAUUUUCACAGAAGAAAAGUUGCAGAUUCCACACGAUUGCCUUACGUUGGUUCAGGAUUUUGCAUGCUGCGACUCUGUAUCUGGGGUUGUGCAGGCUUGCAAUUGGGCGUAUUAUCUGUGCUGCUAUGUGCCAACUGCAAGCAGAAUGUGGCUUAGAUUUCAUGUUAUUUAUUAUGUUUUCUUUGUGUAGUCUACUUUACUGCCUCCAUUCAGGCAUUGUAUCCACCUACAUGGUUAUUAAACAAUUCAGUAGUUAA